ACACGCGGUUUAAUCGCACGCAAGGGAUUUAAGGCGGGAGAUGUGAUUUUGGCAGUUCCCCUUACCGAUGCGUCUACUGAUUACGACGAUUUCGAUGGGGAAUCUGUUAACUCUGCCACGCAUGCUUUGGCUCCAUGGGGUCUUGUCCUGAAUUCCGAGACUCUUCAGCGUCAUUCGUUGGCUGCGCAACGCCGCGGGGUUCCUUCCUAUGCGACAAUAGAGUCCAUUGUGGGUUUAAGAAAGACCGCAUUUGAUCCCGUACCGCACCCUUUGUUUGUGGAUCAGGUGCAUUGCGCGAUGUUUCUUGCCUGCGAGAGGGCAGAAGGACCGUGCAGCCCACUCUAUCCGUAUCUGCGACUUAUUUCCCCAUUUGAUGAUGAUUUUAUUCGCGAGCUUCACCACGGUGUCUUGGACCCAGCGACGCACCUGGAGUACAGCGAUCACUGUGGGCGUUACUCGCACUGGUUGCGACAGAUUCAUCAAAAGUGGUUAAAGGAGCACGAAAUUGCGCAGAUGAUUGAAGCAACAUGCCCGUCAUUUCCUGAUUCUACGGCCAGCGGUUCACAUGAGUACCGAGAGGACCUAAAGGCAUUUUCUCACGACGGCAACGGCCAAUAUCGACAGCCACCCCCUUCUAUGGAGGAUCUGACUUGGGCCUUUCGCUUUGUAUUGUCACGUCAGCGCUUUUUUCCCAUAAGAAAGAACGUGGAACCGUUUGAACGCAUUUGUACGGAGCGCAAACGGAUGCAAGUAGAGGAGGACGCAUGGACACGCCUUGUCAGCAGUGUUAGAUGGACUCUCCUGGAUCGCGUUUUUGGUGUGAUUGAUCAUAAACGUGCCGCUGUGAAUGAAUUUGAUCCUCACACCAUUGCGUCUGUGGUGCCGGUGCUGGACAUGCUGCAGCAUCCCCCAGGUGGGGUGGCCAACACGGAGGUGACCGUAGAAUUUCCGCCUGCCGCGGAGCAUGAGGGAACUGCGGGACGUGGAACCCGCUGCGCUGUUAUUCGGGCCGUGGAGGACAUUGAAGAGGGCGACGAACUCACCGCACUGCUCCCAAAGUGUUACUCCCUUUCGUACACGUUGUACCGCUUUGGAUUUUUGCCGCUGCGACGUCGUGUAGAUGACGCCGCGGCAAUUUCAGGAGAAUUUCUUGACGCACAUGCGAGCACCCCGGCCGAGAGACCCCGCAUUGCUCUCCCGAAAGGCCGGAACGCAGGCAAUGUAUACAGGCGUGGGGCAAUUUGGCGUCCCUGGCGCAAUGAGCCGCCCGCAAGAGUGAAGGGGGGCCCAUUUGAUUUUACGCCCAAAACAUGA